UGUCUAGUGUUUUGAAAUUAUUUAUCCAAAUUAGCAGUUUUAAGUGUGUCAAAAAGUGUUAUUUUAUAAUUUAUACGGUGUAUCUUUUAAAGUGUACUGGAAGUGCUCUUUACGACGACAUCCCAGUGGGCGGUGUAAAAUAUUAGUAAACUUUGAUAAAAUACAUUUAUUGUUAUGUAUUUUUGUCCAAAAUUCAAUAAUUUUGAUUCGGAGAUUAAGCUUUACUUGAGUGAAAUUCUUUUUGAAAUAAUUUUGUCACACCCUUGACAUUUGCCAAGAAGAGUACUACUUCAAAAUAUCAAUAUCAACAUUGCCCCAUACUUUUAAAUUUUGUAUGUUAUGAUUAAGUUUUUAGUAAAUUUUCAAUUGCAAUUCUAUAACUUUCAAAAUGUGUACAUACUUUUUGAAUUGAUUUUUUAAUGACUAGUUAACAGAACAUUAAUAGAUUCAGUUAUUGAUUGUUUUUAUAAGUAAUCCAACCAUUGGAAUCUUUGCAUGAUUAAAGUGAUAAAUGUCAUGAAUGUAAAUGAUUUUACAAAAAAUUACUAGCUUAUUGAUUUUGAAGUCAUUUGUUGUUUAUUUCUUUAAAAAGGGUUUCAAUAUUUUUACUUACUUUAUUAUAAUCUGGCUACAAAUUCUUAACUACAUAACAUAUGCAUUCAUUCAAUUGCUUAAAAAAAGCUCCUUUGAUGUUGAGAACUGGGACACAAGUUAUCCUAUAAAAAAUGUUGCAGGAAACAAUAGUGCCAUAUAUGAAGCUUAUUACAGUGUGGUUGAUCCAAAAGGAUAUGGAACCGUUGGUGGCAUGGAAGCCGCCAGGUUUCUCAAAAAGUCCGGAUUGAGUGAUGUCAUCCUCUCCAAAAUUUGGGAUCUUUCAGAUCCCGGUGGGAGAGGUUGUCUGGAUAAAACUGGCAUGUUCGUCGCUUUAAAACUAGUUGCUCUAGUGCAGAAUGGAAAAGAUCUAAAUAUCUCCAAUGUUAAUUUAGAUGUACCUGCUCCAAAAAUGGGCGACAUUCCUUUACCUAAACCCUCGAAACCCCCACCUCCAAGAAGUACUUUGAUUACGUCUCUACCCCCUACAGCUGUAGAUUGGAUUAUAAAGCCUUCUGAAAGAGAAAAAUAUGAUAAACUAUUUGAAUCACUACAGCCAACUAAUGGAUUAAUACCUGGUAACAAGGUAAAAAAUGUUCUAAUGGAGUCAAAAUUACCAUUUGAAACACUGGGAAAAAUUUGGGACCUAGCUGAUCAAGAUAAAGAUGGAAUGUUAAAUAGGCACGAAUUUGUAGUUGCAAUGCAUUUAGUAUAUAAGGCUCUCGAAAAGUACGCUAUACCAAAUACUUUACCUCCAGAACUCAUCGAACAGGUACCAAAAACUAAUACACUAAAUAGAAAUAGGGAUGGAAUUAAACCUGAUCUUCCACCUUCAAUUGUACCCCCGUCUGUUUCUCCUAUUCCACCAAAACCAACAUUACCAGCAGUACCAGUUCAACCAAUGCUUUCAUGGGUGGUCUCCAAUGAAGAGAAGGAAAAAUCGGAUGCUCUUUUUAUUAAGAGCGACAUUGAUAAAGAUGGCUUUGUAUCUGGUCCGGAAAUUAAGGACAUCUUUUUACAAUCUGGAGUGCCACAACCUAUCUUGGCUCACAUAUGGGCCUUGUGUGAUAUUAAACAAGUGGGAAAGUUGAAUGAUGAACAGUUUGCUUUAGCCAUGUGGCUUAUUGCAAAAUGCUUGAAGGGAAUAGAGCCUCCAGUCACCUUGACACCUGAUAUGGUGCCUCCCAGUUUUCGUAAUAUAAAACCAAUAGAUGGCCUUGUGAACAAUAAUACUAGAUACUCAAAUCCCGAACUAGAUAUGAUUACCAAAGACAUAGAAGAAUUAUCUAGAGAAAAACUAAUCUUAGAAACCGAUAUUACACAAAAAGAGGCUGACCUUAAAAUUAAGAGUGGGGAAAUUAAGAAUCUGCAAAGUGAGCUGGACACUUUGGCUGCCACAUUGAAACAGUUGGAAAAUCAGAAGGGCGAAGCGCAAAAAAGGCUGAACGAUCUCAAAGCACAGAAAACACAGGUGGAUGGGGACGUAGAAAGCAUUAAUAAGACUUUAGAGGAGCAAAUAGAAAAGGUUGAUAAAUUGAGGGUACAGGCUGCUGAACAAGCGGAAAUGGUGAAGGCCCAAGAAACAGAACUGAAUAGUAAAAAGGAACAGCUUGAAGGGCUUCGAAUGGAAGAAGAACGCCUAGAAAAACAGAAAACUGAAAGUAUUAAAAAAUUAGAUAGCCUUUCAGUGAAUUUGCAAGAUACUCAGCUUAAUAUUAGCCAGGCAAAGGCUUUGAUAACCCAGCUACAGGAACAGACAAGACAGAUGAAUGACGCGAUUGUGGCAUGCGAUUCUACAAUAGAAUCUGGUGAUAUUUCUCAAAUAACUGAUAAUGUUUUAAGAAUUAAACCUGAAUUCAGAGAAUCUGAAUAUAAGAAAAUUUUAAACGAAGAUACAAAGACUCAGAAUGGAUUUGACAAAGAUCCCUUUAGUAACCAAAAUGGUCACACUUCCUCAGGAUUCGGGGAUGAUCCGUUCCAGAACGAUCCUUUUAAAAGUAAUGAUGCCUUUUCUAAUGACCAGUUUAAACCCGCCUUUCCAGAUAAUAAUGGUUUUUCAUCGGAUCCUUUUGGUGGCUCAUUUACUUCAAAUACUGGACAUGGUGAUCCAUUUAAUGCAUUUGAUAGUUCUCAGAAUAAACCUACAACGACAGAGGCUGAAAAGGACCCAUUUGGUUGUGAUCCCUUCGCCAUUUUACAUGCACCAACGAGAGAUGGAUCAGCACCUCCCCGACCCACUAGUCCCAGUCCCGCCUUACCACCCAAAAAGAGUAAGAACCCACCACCUAGACCUGCUCCACCCAGGCCCCUACCUCCAAGUUUCAAGAAGCCCCAGCAGUCUGAUGCCUUUGAUAGUGAUCCGUUUGGAGGUAGCGGAGGCUUCGCUGAUUUCUCAGACUUCGAUGCAAAGUGUCUACACCGCAGUUUCCUGAUAAAUCACACCCAGUUGCCUUUUCCCUCACUGAACGAUCCCUUUUUUACACAAUUAAUUUUUACCUUUCCCAAUAGACACAUGUUCACUGAUAAGCCGAUUGCAAAGGUCCAAGCACAGUCUUCUAACACCCUCGAGUUUACCGAUGACCCUUUCCGUAAUUAUCGGUACGAGGACCCAUUUAACAUUACGUUUGACGAUGAGCCCGCCCCUGCCAAAGACGAAAAGGACAAGGAUAAAGAAAAAGAGAAGUUCGACCCGUUCGGACUGGACGGCAGGCAGUCAGUUCCUUUACCGAGCAACGAUCCCUUUGUUAGCCAUAGUGGUAGAGCGUCGGCACCCAUCACCAAGCAAGUUCCCUUCAACGAGGACCAACAGCUAGUAUGGGCCGCUAACGAGAGCCUGCGGAUGGAGCAGGACCGACUAAAGAGACAAUUGCAGGAGCAGGCUGAUCUGGAGUUAGCCAUAAGUUUAAGUAAAGCUGAAAGCAAAAAGGUUUAGCUUUGACUUGUCAAUAAUGUUAUCAAUCACACAAAAAGCUUGACCUAGAUGUUUUUUAUUUCAUGAGAUGUUUGGCACUACAGAACGUUAUGAUACAUUUUAUGAUUUAGCUAUUAUAUCGACAUAAUUUAAAUGGUGUAAAUUAUGGAAAUAAUACAGAUCUACAAAUUGAAAUUAAAACUAUAAAUAUAUUCCUUAAGAUUGAUUCAAAAUGUAAGAAAUUAGUCACAUGGAAUAUGAACAAAGUACAUUUAACUUUCACUAUAUCAUCAUGGAAGUUUGACUUCAGAAAAUUCUUUAAAUCGUCAAUCUCUCAAGUUACAAGGGCAAAUUAAGCAAAACAGAAUGGACUAUCCACAAUUUUUACUAAAAUAUUCUAUUAAAAAUUGCAAAACUAAUUUAAAAGUUAAAUUAAUAAAAUUUAUCUGCAUUUAACAACAUUGUUUAUUUCAAACAUAUUUAAUUAAAAAAAUAUUAAAACAAUUACUACCAUUCCAUAUACAGUAUAUGGUAUUUUAUUUUUAUCUUUAAGCGGUGGUUAAACACCUUAAAAAAUUAAUUGUGUUUUUAUUUUUAAUGGAUUAGUAGCCGAGUUUUAUAUUUAAAAAUUUAAGCU